UGAUUCACUAUCUAUUUAUAUAUAUUAUGAAUAAUGUUGACAAUGCCCAAAACCACUAAAUUGAAAAGAAACAAUAAUUUAAUAAAUAAAGUUGGUGAAUUCCAAUAUUUUGAAUGUGGGAACAAGAAUUGUACAAAACCCCAUUACCAUAAGGUCUAUAUUCAGGAUGUCAAUGAAAUAAAUAUUCACAAUUCGAAGGAAGCCAUAAGCAUUACAAACCCACAAUCCACUAUUAACAUUAUUCCGAUAUCAACACUGGAUGCUCCAAUUGCCUCGAGCAAUGAGCAUAUCGCUCAGGAAAUACAACGAAGAAAGAUGUUUCGUUUGUAAGUUACUCGUAACAAAAAAAAAGAAGAAAGUGCCGACAUCGCACGAAACCGCCAAAUCUAUAAGAAACGGGGAUUUAAUUGUCAAGGACAACUUUAUCUACCGAUUUAACAAUAAAGUUGGCGAUGUUCGAUAUUUCAAAUGCAAAAACGAGGAUUGUAACGCGAGAGGGAACUUGAAACGCGGCAUUUUUAAGGUCACGAAAUCUCACGUCCACGAACCCAACUCUCAGAAUGUCGACGAAAUACUUACUCACAAUUAUCUCAAGGAAGCCGUGAUAAAUAAACCCCACGAUUCGUUGAAAAGAGUCUACAUAAACGUAAUGGAUACGCACGCAGUCCAAGAAAAGCCAGGCACCUGUCCUACCUUCAACUCCAAGAAAGAAACUUUACAAAGAUUGAGACGAAAAAUGUCCGCGCCUGCGCCUCCAAUUUCGAACAUAUCAUACCCCAUGUUAACUUUCGACGUUAUUACAAAUUCGGUGACAACAUCGUAUAUUCCAAUAAACUCAGGCAACACAGACAUUACAAACCCAUCAUCAACUUUUAACGUUAUUCCGAUAUCAAUACUGGAUGCUCCAACUACCUCAAGCAAUGACAUUACAAACCCACUAACUAUUAACGUUAUACCGAUAUCAACGAUGGAUACUCCAAUAACCCUAGUCAGUGAAGAAGUGUCGACAUCUCAUGGAACCGCUAAAUCUCUAAGAAACAGGGAUUUAAUUGUUAAGGACAAUUUUAUCUACCGCUUUAACAAUAAAUAUGGCGACGUUCAAUAUUUCAAAUGCAAAAACGAGGAUUGCAACGCGAGAGGGAAUUUGAAACGCGGCAUUUUUAAGGUUACAAAAUCUCAUUUCCACGAGCCUAACAUUCAAGAUGUUGAUCAAAUACAUAAUCACAAUUAUCCCAAGAAAGCCAUAGUAAAUAAAUCCCACGAAUCGUUGAAAGGAAUAUACACCAACGUAAUGGAUGCCCACGCAGUCCAAGAAAAAUCAGGCACCUGUCCUAACCUUAACCUCCAAGAAUAAUACUUUACAAAGAUUGAGACUAAAAAUGUCCGCGCCUGCGCCUCCAAUUUAAAGUUGGAAAUAUAUUUUUUU